CAUAAACAGGCUUCAGUGAUGCUCCUGAGGUGGGACGGGGAAUCUCUUGGCCAUUGUUCUCUGGAAACAAAGCAAACUCAUUCAGCCUUAAUAUUACUAAACCUUUCCCACUAACUGAAAUACCAGAAAAAAGGAUAGCAAACAUUACCUGGUAAAAAUACCUUUUCCUAAACAUACUUUCGCGGAAAUAAAGGAUAAGAUUUCUUCUGAUAUGUUGUAGUCUUAAAACACAAGUUUGCUCUCUCAUUUUUUGAUAAUUCUAUUUCCAAGGAUAUGUUUUUUUUUAAGGAAGGGAUAAAAUGAAGUUAUACAAGUAGAAAUUGUAAUCUGAUUUUCAAGUCUUCAGGCUCAGCAACCUGUAAACCUAACCAAGGAGGCCACGUCAACGACCUGACGUCACGCGCAGCGCCGGCGUCCCGCCGUCAGGCCCUCCCACGAGAGCCUGCCUGCGUGUCUUUGUUGCCGUUCGUCGGGGGAGGCAGAGUUCCGCUGGCCCUAAAGGCUAGCAACGACGACUGUCAGAGCAGGGCCAAGCACACUCCGGUCUCUGCAGAGUAAAGGUGACUUGUCCCGGACAACGCCGGGUCGAGGGACCGCCCCCACGCGUUCGCCGCGGUCUCCUAGGCAACGAGGCUGCGCGAGGCCACGAUUGGGUGGAGGUGCGCGUGCGCCGUGCACGGCGUUUGCUGGGACCCCGAGUUAUGGGAGUGGACGUUUGAUUCCUACAGAGGAUGGCCCACUUCUGUGAGGACGAGGCGAUGCUGCAGGCGAUGCUGAGGCAGUUGUUCCAGAGCGUGAAGGAGAAAAUCACGGGGGCGCCCUCCCUGGAGUGUGCCGAGGAAAUCCUCUUACGUCUGGAGGAAACUGAUGAAAAUUUCCACAACUAUGACUUUGUGAAAUACCUUAGACAGCACAUAUGCAACACUUUGGGGUCUAUGAUUGAAGAAGAAAUGGAAAAAUACACAUCUGAACAGACUCAGAGUGAGGAAUCUGGCUAUGACACAGUUGUACAGCAUGUUACUAAAAGAACUCAGGAAUCUAAAGAGUAUGAAGAAAUGAUGCAUUCCCUGAAGAACGUUAUGAUGGUAGUGGUAGAGUCUAUGAUUAACAAGUUUGAAGAAGAUGAGAUACGAAGUCAGGAGAGGCAGAAAAAAAUUCAAAAGGAGAAGAGCAGUAGUUACUGCACAGAUAAUUGCUCUGAUAGUGAUUCAUCAUUCAAUCAGAGUUACAAAUUUUGUCAAGGAAAAUUACAGUUGAUUUUAGAUCAGUUGGAUCCUGGGCAACCCAAAGAGGUGAGAUAUGACGCCUUACAAACAUUAUGUUCAGCUCCUCCAUCUGAUGUCCUGAACUGUGAAAAUUGGACUACUCUCUGUGAAAAAUUGACACUGUGUCUUUCAGAUCCUGAUCCUGUGUUUAGUGAUCGGAUUUUAAAAUUCUAUGCACAGACAUUUACACUUUCGCCAUUACAUAUGACCAAGGAAAUUUAUACAAGCUUAGCGAAAUAUUUGGAGUUAUAUUUUCUUUCUAGAGAAAAUCAUAUUCCUACUCUUACAACUGGUAUAGAUAUAACUAAUCAUAAUAUGAUCAGCUUACUCAAAAAGGUUCGUCUUUUAAAUGAGUAUCAGAAAGAGGUUCCAUCUUUCUGGAUUCGUCAUCCAGAGAAGUAUAUGGAAGAAAUUGUGGAGAGUACUUUGUCCUUGUUAUCAGUUAAACAUGAUCAAAGUCAUCUUGUCUCACAAAAGAUUUUGGAUCCAGUCUACUUUUUUGCAUUAGUUGAUACUAAAGCUGUGUGGUUCAAAAAGUGGAUGCAUGCAUAUUAUAGCAGAAGUACAGUACUGAGGCUUCUUGAAAAGAAAUAUAAAUCUUUGAUAACUACAGCAGUUCAGCAGUGUGUUCAGUACUUGGAAUUGUGUGAGACCAUGAGAGCUGAUGAAAUUUCAGAACAUUCAAAGCCUUGUGGGAACGAACAGAAAAUUGUCUACUACUCAGGACAAGAAUUACAGUAUAUUUAUUUCAUUCACUCACUGUGCCUUUUAGGAAGAUUAUUGAUCUAUACCCAAGGCAGAAAACUCUUUCCCAUAAAGCUAAAGAAUAAAAAAGAUUCAGUAUCUCUUACGGAUCUGCUGGUUCUGUUUACCCAACUUAUCUAUUAUUCACCAAGUUGUCCAAAGAUGACAUCAUCUGCACAUUCAGAGAAUUAUUCUCCUGCAAGUAUGGUGACUGAAGUUCUACGGAUACUCUGUGAUCAAAAAGAAUGUGCAGUUGAAUGCUUAUAUAACAGCACUGUGGUAGAGACACUUCUCCAGCCUGUUCAUAAUUUAAUGAAAGGAUCUGAGACAGCUCCAAAUUGCUCUGAAACAGCUUUAAUUCAUAUAGCUGAUAUCUUGGCAAGAAUCGCUUCUGUAGAAGAAGGACUCAUUUUACUUCUUUAUGGCGAAAAUGUGAAUUCUUCUGAGGAAGAAAGUCCUACAGGUGCUCAUAUAAUUGCCCAGUUUUCGAAGAAACUUCUUGAUGAAGAUAUUUCUAUUUUUUCUGGAUCUGAAAUGUUGCCUGUGGUUAAAGGAGCUUUUAUUUCUGUAUGUCGUCAAAUAUAUGGUACAUGUGAAGGCUUACAGGUGUUACUACCUUAUAGUUUGCAUGAAUCUAUAGCGAAAGCAUGGAAGAGGACAAGUUUGCUAUCAGAAAGAGUUCCUACUCCAGUAGAGGGUUCUGAUUCUGUUUCUUCAGUAAGCCAGGAAUCCCAAAGCACUAUGGCUUGGGAAGAGAAUUUGUUAGAUGAUUUAUUAAAUUUUGCUGCCACUCCCAAAGGAUUGCUACUUCUUCAAAGAACAGGUGCCAUCAAUGAGUGUGUGACAUUUAUGUUCAACCGAUAUGCAAAAAAAUUACAGAUCAGCAGGCAGAAAAAGUUUGGCUAUGGAGUUUUGGUGACACAAGUGGCAUCAACAGCAGCAGGGGCAGUAGCACUACAAAAUUCGGGGUUUAUUAGUGCACUUAUAACUGAAUUAUGGUCCAAUCUGGAAUGUGGAAGAGAUGAUGUUAGGGUAACACAUCCCAGAUCUACUCCAGUGGAUCCUAUUGAUCGAAGCUGUCAAAAGUCUUUUCUAGCACUGGUGAACUUGUUAUCCUAUCCUGCUGUGUGUGAGCUGGUAGGCAAUCAAGAACUUCCCAACAAAGUGGAAUAUUCUCUUCGUGAAGUCCCAACAUGUGUUAUUGAUAUAAUUGAUAGACUUAUCAUUUUGAAUUCUGAAGCUAAGAUUUGUUCUUUAUUCAACUAUGAACAAUCACAUAUCUUUGGUCUCAGGUUAUUAAGUGUGGUGUGCUGUGAUCUGGACACCCUUCUCCUGUUAGAGGCUCAGUAUCAAGUAUCCAGAAUGUUACUACAUGCUCAAGAAGAAAAUACCUUAGAGACCUCUGAGAGCCACAGGGACUUUAUAAUUGAUGGCUUAUCAGUAGAAAGAAACCAUAUUCUUGUAAGAAUAAAUCUUAUUGGUGGGCCAUCGGAACGGAUUUUGCCUCCAAGGAUGCUGGAGAAGGGUGAUGAUCCAUAUCCUUGGCCAAUGUUUUCAUCAUACCCUUUGCCACCCUGCUAUUUGCCAGAAGUUAUAAAAAAUACUGAUAUAAAACAAGAUAAUGAUCUUGACAAGCUAUUAUUACUCUUCAAAUUAUCUGAUAAACAAACUGAUUGGAUAGAAAACUGUCGAAGACAAUUUUGUAAAAUGAUGAAGACCAAACCAGAUGUGAUCAGUGGAAGUGCUUUAGUAGAAUUACUUGAAAAAUUUGUGCUUCAUAUCACUGAAAACCCUUCUGAAUGUUACUUCCCUUCAGUGGAGCACACAGCUACUGAUGCAAAUGUGAAGAAUGAAAGUCUUUCAUCUGUGCAGCAGCUUGGUAUUAAAAUGACUGUCAGGUAUGGUAAGUUCCUCAACUUGUUAAAAGAUGGUGCAGAAAAUGAUCUUGCCUUGGUUUUAAAGCACUGUGAGAGAUUCCUGAAACAGCAGAAAGCUCCUGUAAAGUCUUCUCUUCUCUGUCUGCAAGGCAAUUAUGCUGGCCAUGAUUGGUUUGUAUCUUCUCUGUUCUUGAUAAUGUUGGGGGAUAAAGAGAAAACCUUACAGUUUCUUCAGCAGUUCUCCAGGCUUCUGACUUCUGCUUUCCUUUGGUUGCCAAGACUUCAUAUUUCUAGGUAUCUUCCUAUUGACACCAUAGAAUCUGGCAUUCACCCAAUAUAUUUUUGCAGUUCUCACUAUGUUGAAAUGCUACUGAAGGCUGAGGUGCCACUUGUGUGUUCAGCUUUUCACAUGUCUGGUUUUGCACCAUCACAGAUUUGCCUGCAAUGGAUAAGUCAGUGUUUUUGGAAUUACUUAGAUUGGAUAGAAAUAUGCCACUAUAUUGCUACCUGUGUUUUCCUUGGUCCUGAUUAUCAAGUGUAUAUCUGCAUAGCUGUAUUUAAACAUCUACAACAAGACAUACUACAGCACACUCAGACUCAAGAUCUGCAAGUCUUCUUAAAAGAAGAAGCACUACAUGGGUUUCGAGUGAGUGAUUAUUUUGAAUACAUGGAAAUUUUGGAGCAAAACUACAGACCAGUGCUGCAGAGAGAUAUGCGGAACAUUAGAGUGCAGAGCACAUAGAUCAUAAGAUGCACUGUUUAAUUUUAUGUUUUAUUCAUUUUUAAAGGAAACAAGCAGACUUGACUAUUUGCUAUCUGUAUCAGUAGCAGCAUAUACUUUGUGAAUAUAUAUAUUGUAAAUCAACACUGGGAGGUUUUGAAUAUAAUACUACAUUAAAAAUGGUAUUAGCUCAAUUUGUGACAUGUAGUGAAUUCAUUUUUGUAAGUUCAUUGUUUUGUAAGGUUUUAGAAUCAGAUCUGGCUUACUCAUAGUUCUUAUUUAUAUUUAAGAGUUAGUCCCAACCUACAUCUUCUUCUCUACCAUAUGAGUACCAUGUUUUUUCUAAUGAGUUUGGGAAGAAAAAAAAAUAUUAUAGUUGUUAGUUUAGCCAAAAAAGAAUACCUAGAGUUAAGGGGGAAAAACAGUUGUUUUGUCCAUUUAUGUUUCUGUAUAUGAAGGAAAACAGGCAACACCACAAAUGCUUAUUUUACCUGUGGAGAAGCGGAUGAUGUUUGUCAUGUCAGGUGGCAGGAAAACUUAUUGUUCUCAGACAUAAUUGUUUUUCUAGGAGAUGCUUUUGUUACUUAUAUCAAUUUAUAAUUUUUUAUUUGAAAUAUAGUCUUUACAUGGUUCACUUAAAAACUAGAUUGUUUAUUUCAUCCUGAUAAGUAUUCUGUUGUUAUUUGUUGUGUAUUUCCUUAAUGAUAGAUUUUAUUUGUAUUGAACUUGAAAACAUUAAAGAGAAUACAUUUCUAAAU